AGUGAAUUUCUUCCGUUUCCGGUAGGCAUACGGCCCGUCGGUUAAAGAGUUUUUAUUGACCUUUCCUGGUUAGAAAAAAGCCGGAAAGCAAUUUCGGGUAGGAGCUACAACAGAGAGAAGGUGAAGGUGAAAAUUUGGCAAAUUCAUCAUGAUUCUUCAACAGCUCUUUAGAUUUUCUUCCAUAUUCCGUUCAGCCCUAUCAGUCCAGUUGCAUAGAAAUAUUGGCUUUUCUGCCAUUGCAUUUAAUAAAGCAAAGGAACUUGAUCCUGUACAGAAGCUCUUCUUGGACAAGAUUAGAGACUAUAGGACCAAGAGCCAAAAAACUGCUGGUCCUGUUGAUGUUGGUCCAGAAUAUGAGAAAGAGCUGAAUGAUCAGACUGAGAAACUCGUACGAUUAUAUGGUGGAGGAGACAUGACCAAAUUUCCAGAGUUCAAAUUUGAAGAACCCAAAUUUGAUGAAGUUCAGAAGUGAUGUGAUCACAUGUAUACGAAGCGUUAGGUUGGACAUGUUGAGUUAGUCUGCAGUUAUAACUUAAAUAAACAGUUCAAUGCUAACAGUGUGCACUGGUGUUUUAAAUUCAGUUAUAUAGAUUCUUGUUCACCCAAUGUGCUUAUAAAAGCGUAUUACUAAAUAUUUCAUUACAAAUUAAUAUCUUUUAUUUUUCUGAUAAGCUUUAAUUACUCAUUAAACAAGUAAAAUUUUGGAAAAUAAUUUAAAUAGUCCACAUUUCAAUCAUGACAAAUUAGAAUGUAACAGUACUCUAGAUCAGGGUCCCCAAUUCCCAGUCAGUGGACCGGCAUGCCAGAAACUGGGCCACACAAACAAGAGAAGCCACAUCGUGGGAUGCAGAUAACAUGUGAAACCAUACCCCCUCUGGGAAAAAACUCUCUCCAUGGAACCAGUCCCUGGUGCCCAAAAGGUUGGGGGCCACUGCUGUAGAUGUCUUUUAUCCUAUUGUGAACUAUAUGCAAUAGGGUUACUUAAAUGAUUAAAACGUUAUUUUUAUACACAUCAAUG